GGCUCAAGUGUGAUUAGGAAUCCCGUGGUCACAGGCUGCAGGCUGCAGGUCAUGGGUCGCUGGCAUGACCGGUCGAGAUCGCCCAAAGCGGGCAAAAGACAAUGGGUCUCCAAAACCCUGGCAAGCUUCGGCCGCUACAAAGACCGCAGGCCGCAGGGCCUCGAGGUGGACCACUCAGGCUGCCUGUUGCUUUCCAACCUCAUGGAAGUCUGGGGUCACAGCCAAGGCCUGGCGGACGAAGAUGUGCUCACCGCAGUGAAGGAGAAUUUGAUCAAUGAGCGCACUGGCGGGGCUCGCUUUGUGUUGACACCAGCCGCAGGAGAUUGGCAGAUCCAGGUGCACCGGUCUGGCGGAGAUUGGGCGUCCUCUGGCGGCGGAUGGAAAGCAAACUCCAACGCUGCGCCCGCUACCAAUAGCUGGCAAGCCAAUACGAAGCAGGAGUGGGGUGAGCCCUGGAAAGACAAGUGGAAGGACCCCAAAGACUCGAAAGACUGGAAGAAGGAGGACGAUGCUUGGGGCUCCAACUCCUGGACUGCACCGGUCAAGGAGGAGAAGACCGAUGACACCUGGGCCCAGUCAGAAUCCAGACAGAACUGGACGAAGUCAUCUCCGGGAUGGCGCUUUCAGGGCAACCAGGCCAGCCAGGCCAACGCAGCCCCCCCUGAGCACAGCUCUGGGAACAGCUGGAACAACUCGAGCAACAGCUGGAACUCGAACCACUCGCAGUCUCGCCGACAGUCGAACUGGAAAGGUCACCAGGACAAACCUGAGCAGAUCCAGCGCUUCAUGGGCUACCUCUUGAAGAAUGGGAAAGAGGAACAUGUAUAUUCUGACUACGAUGGCUGGGCCCCCGUCUCGCAGAUUAUCGCUGCAAUCCAGCGGAGGCAUUCCGAUUGGGGAAUCAACAGCCCAGAGGAUCUCAACAAGAUGCUCCAGGAGUCGGACCACGAGGGCAGAUUCAUCAUGGAAGGGCAGCGAAUACGGAAGGUUGACCGCAACGCACGUCGUGCGCCGCCAGAGCCGGUGAACGUGCCGGUGAAGCCAACAGCGUCCAAGAGAUUUAAUGCUUUCACAGUGAAGAAGCAGGAAGAAGAGGAGGAAGAGGAUGAGGGCAACUUCGGGGAGGACGACGACACACCCGGAGUUGCCAGUGUGCAGGGGCAGAAACCACCCAGGAAGCCGCCUGGCAGACAUUGGACGCAGUAUGACGACAACUCGACCAUUUGGUGGUAUUAUGAGGGUCCGAGAGGGCAGUGGUACAUGGGCCCAGAGCACACAGAGCCGCAGGUCUUCUUGGCCGGCGCGCCUGAAGAAUGAGGUAGAGAUGUUCAACGCGCGGUUGGGGUUUCUACACGAUCUGAUUGCUUGCCCAGCAGUAGCGCUGUGGGCUCGCAACAGCAGGGAACAGAAUGGAAGUAC